GCUCGGUUUCUCUCUCUCUCCUAACAAUUUCAUUUCCUUCCUAACGCAGAUGUCCCCAGAACUCACAUAAAGGCAUAAAGCACCGUAGUUAUCAGAGAUAUACGCACAUAAUUAUACAGGCCGAUCAAUCUAGGGUUGAGCAGAAAAAUUCGAAACUCCAUUUUACGAAUGGCAAAGAAGAGGAAAUCCGAUGCGACGCGGCUAGAUGAGGUGGAUCGAACCAUGUACUCUACCUUCUGCAGCGCGGCGAACUCUCUUUCUCAGCUUUACACCCAGGCUAUGCACCACCAGCGCCUCUCCUUCCAGACCGGCGAACGUCACUCGUUGGAGAAACUUUAUAAUUGGAUUUUAAGGCAACAAGAAGAUGGGGCAAGAGUGACGACCGGAGAUAUAUUUGCAUAUAUUCAGAAUGAGCUCGAUUAUGGAACAGAAGAACUCCCAUCUUCCCCAAGGCUGCCGUUCCAGCAGCAACAACUACAGUCGCAAGCUGCAAUGCGUUCUGCUCACACAGGAUUUCAAGUAUGUUCUAAUUCGUUUGGUCCUGCAACUGUUGGGCAAGGACUCUGUUCCGGGAACUCUAUUUUCUCAAAUGCUCUCUCCAGUCCUGUUAGUCGGAGCCUUCACCACCAUCACCUGAUUCAGGGAGAUUACUAUGUAAAUACACUUAUGCGCAAUAAUGAGAACAAUGGUUAUGAAAGCAGGGAUCCUAUUCUGCCUGGCACCAAUGACACUUCAAUGGACAUGCAUGCCGAUAGCAGCCAUGACCAUGAUUCUUCUUAUUGAGAUUGCUGUUCUCUCUCGAGUCUUGAGUGUCUCGCAAAAGAAUAGAAAAGUCGUGCUAACAGAACGACUUUUUGAAGGUCAUUGAAAUGUAAAGAGCUUUGUUGUACUUGGUGAGAUGUGCAAGCGAGCUUUAAGAUCUCCCUUCCGAUACACUUGUGAUAAAAGGUUAGAAUAGCUAAAUUUCAUAUCGUUCGUGGUUUCUUUAUAUUGAUAGCGCGUCGCAGCGAUUUCAACAUUGAAGAUAUUUUGUUUAUAGAUAAUUGUUUUAAUUAUAGUUA